CUAGUCACAUGCUCAUUUACGGUCUGCGUCUGUCCCUAUCAAAAACCUGGGAUCUACGCUUAGGCCGAUACCUAUCAUCAUCAUCGGGUAAAAACUCGGUGGACAUGGGCAUCUCUCAUUUGAUGUGGUUUGGAAAGAUAUGCUGAAUCCGCCCGUCCUGGUCCAGUUUUGUUGGUACAAGACAAUCGUAACGAAGAACCCUUCCAUUAAGUGCAUCCUUACCCCCGAGGAACGUCUAAGUAGGACUCCAUGGCUUCCUUUCCUGCAAGAUAGGCCCGGGACAAUCGCCUUCAAGUUAGUAUUCCGGAAAUAUUGGAAUGCCUUCGUAUCCCGUCCCGUUCAGCUACCGACUGGCAGAUAUCGAGGAGUGCUGUCUAUCAAAGGGGUUACACAGCCUUCAGAUUCGGAACUUUUAACUUUGGUGCCCCUUGUCAUCACCAGAUUCACCUUCACCAUUAUCUUGUUUCUGGAAGUGGAUUAUAAUUUUAACUGGGAUCCUCUUGAUAUGAGUGACCUUCAGAGUACAAUCACAAGUUUGAGGUAUGCUCUGAAUCAGAAAUAUGAGGUCCUGACCUCCAUGGAAAAGGAGAUCUCCUCAAAACUGACCAAGAAGCAAUACAUCAAAAGACAAAUCUCUCGGUUGGGAACUGCAAAUCUUAAUAGCAGAAAGGGUUGUACUGUGGCCUGGCAUUCUGACCCUUGCUUCUAUGACCAACUGACCAAUGUGUUGGAGAGGGAGGAUCACCAGACUGCUCAAUUCCCAGGGUUCAGCUCCAAGAAGGUGCCUUCUCUUCACUCUUCCAUCUUUGAAGUGAGGAAAGGAGUACUGGGUCCUAUAGUCCCAUCACGUCCAUCAAGGAUGAAGCCUGGUGACCGGGCCAAAGUGUUUGGUCCCAAAGGAAGGAUUCUCUAUGGGAUUGUGGAUCAUGUUCAAUCUGAUGGGCGACAGAAUGGAGUCAUGGUGGAGCUACGACUUGAGUCACCGUCAACGUAUGCUGCUGAUGAAUAUGAGUACACCACUUAUUGCUACUACGUUCCAAGUUGGACCUGUGCUCGAACAAGGGGCACUAGGUGGAAGCUGUGGAGCUGGAACAAGAAGGAAUCUUCACAUCUACCUUGUGCAAACAAGGAGGAGGUUGAGAUCCAUGUAAACAUUGAUGAGAAGGAAGAAAUGGAUACCUCGGCUAAGGGAGAAAGACUGCAAUUCCCAUCGCUCAAGACUCAACACCAUGCUGCAAAAAAGAAGAAUGAAGCUUCCAAUGAGAAACACAAGGACAGGAUCAAGAAGGAAACAACGAGGAGACGUGCACACUCCAACGCUAGAAAGGCCAGUGAGACGACCAUCUGCUGCGGUCGAAGUGAAGUCGUCCUCCGACCGGACGGGUGGGAGAUCCUUAGGGGUGUGAGGGCUGCAAGGGAAAGGAUGAGAAAACCUGUCGUCUUGACGGCCACCGACGACUUCAUGCGAUGA